AUGGUGAAUAUGGGAUAUGAAUAUGGGAAGAGUAGCAUAGAUUCAAGAACAAUUACACGUCCAUCAAAAACACGAGUCCAACAAUUACCGGAUACAAGUCGCGUCACGCAGUUCUCGAAAACUGAAUCAGAAUCUAGGACUGCAGAUAUGCCUUCUGCUAAUCAGGGGCAGUCGCUUCCUUCAGCCGUUGUGACCAUUACAGCCAGUCAUGCUAUAUCACAACCUCCUCUGAUAUUGGAGCAGCAGUCGACAGUUGCACCACAACCACAAAUAAUUCCAGCUCUACCGUCAAGGUCAGCGCAUCAACAGACUACGGCAUCAAAGUCUGUUCCGCUACAGGAAUAUGUACCGAAAAUCAUUCCUCAGUUAGAGCAGUUUACAGCCGCAGCAGCUCCAGUAAGGGGUAUAAUACCACCAAAUAUUACUCCGUGUGUUCCAGUUAAUGCAAAUUCUGUUGUCAUUUCUAGCGCUGUAGCUGCUAUACAAGGUUCUCCGCAUCAUCCGGAAAAUUCCCAAAGAGAAGAACGAAAAUCGUCACAGCGUGUACGGCAGCGAACCGUCACAGUCCAGAGCCAAAUAAGUCUCGAUAUAACAGCUGCAUAUAAUGAAGUGAAACAAAUGCACUCAGACGAUCCUGCUACGGAACUUAUGCGACGUGUGCAAGCAAUUGUCGCUACAAGAGAGAAAGAAUGGACUGCUAAAAACGAAAAGUUGACUCAACUACUUGCACAUGAGCAAAGGCGUAAUGAACCACUAGAACAGAAAGCUGCUGAACGAUUAUUGGCUAUGGCUGAAUAUGAAAAAUUGGUGCAAGAAUUUGUGGAAGAACUGAAGAAGAAGAAUUCUGAUGGUGAGUCGAAGUCGGUGGGUAGACCAGGACCAGAAAGAAAUUUAUCACCAGAUGAUGUUACUCAGCUGCUUAAAGAACGAGACCAGUUAGCGGAGGAAGUGAAUUCUUUGGAAACAAGUUACAGUGAACUUUUCAGACGUUAUGAAAAAUUGCGACAAACAAGCGUUGAAAUUAAACGAAAUGAAGACAGUGUCAAAAGCGCAUCUGAGGAAAUGGCAAGGAGAUAUUCACUUCUUGCUGAGAAAUUUGAAAUGCUUCGACGAAAUGCCGAGGAACAACUUGAUCUGGCAAAUAACGAAAUAGAGAGACUGAUAAAGCAGCAUGAAGCAGAUACACUUGGUUUGCGUCUGAAAGUGAAACAUCAGGAAUCAAAGAUCGACAGUUUGACUGUGAGUCUGGAAGCUAGGCAGAAAGAGCUGGAAAGUAUGACAGCAAUAUUUGAAGAAGUAAUUACGAAGGCGGAAGCAAAUGACGUUGUGGGUGAUGCUUGA